AGAGGAGGGCACUGCACCCGUAUCAGAUUUCACACCUAACCCAGCCAAAGUAGAGACAUAAACGGCAGCAAAUGGGAAGUGAGUGACCGGGACUCAAUGUGUUAACAUCCCUUACCUGUGUGGAAUGCGCCAGAUACACGCUUCAGCUUCAGGUCUUUAAUUGAUACCUGCACGUUUAUGAUGGCCCACAGCUUUCCUUACAUCCUCUCCGAGCGAACGAGACUCAUCCUGGUGACGGUUCUCCUGAUGCUGGUUUCUGAAGUCCAUUCCCAAGGCCGUCUGAAGCUGACUGUUCUGUCUGAAGAUCGGCUGCAGAUUAAAUGGAAGGAGGCGGAAGGGCCGGUGCAGGGCUAUAAGGUCCGUGUGCGGCCCAUCACAGAGGUUCCUCAGCCAGAGCUGAUGCUCACAACUACACGCGGCCGGGCCACGGUGGCAGGCCUGGACCCCAGACAGGAGUAUCUCCUCCAAGUUAUGGUGCUCAAUGGGACGCUGGAGAAACUCAUUGCAAAAAGACGCUUCACCAUCGAUGGGUUGCGGGAAGAAGAGUUGAUCCGCAGCGGGAACAGGGAGCAGAAGAAGAAAACUCACUCCAUUGGCUCUGAAUCUGGAGAGGCGGAUGACGUGACGGAAGCUCUAGCAGCCCUUCCCACUGUGCUCUACCAAGAACCAACGACUACAGAGCCUCCUGCUGUACCUGAGCUUGAGCCAGAAGUUGACAGAAACACCAAAGAAAAGAAAAAGAAGAAAGACAAGAAUCGAUCUAAGGGUAAAAUCGAGACUGAGGAUAAAAAUGAUCAAGAAGAAAAUGGAGGGAAGUCAGUGAGAGAAGAGGUCACCAUCACCAACAAACCGAGAAAAACCACCCCAACCCAAGCUGUCACAGCUGUUUCCACACGAAAGCCAUUUGAAUGCAGUGCUGGAGCUCAGGCUGAUCUGGUCCUUCUGGUGGAUGGAUCCUGGAGCAUCGGCCGUACAAACUUCAGAAAAGUGCGUGACUUCCUGGAGGGUCUGGCUGUCCCCUUUCACAUUGGGCCGCAGGGUGUUCAAAUAGCAUUAUCUCAGUACAGUGGAGAUCCACGGACAGAGUGGCAUCUUAAUAACUUCACCUCUAGAGAGCCACUUCUGGAGGCCAUCAGGAACUUCAGAUACAAGGGAGGCAACACUUUCACAGGUCAGGCUCUCAUACAUGCUCUUGAGAACAAUCUGAAGGAGGAGGUAGGGGCGCGACCCAACACCCCACAGUUCCUGCUGCUGUUGACUGAUGGGAAAUCUCAAGAUGAUGCCAUUGCUGCAGCCAACAGGCUGAAGAAUGCCGGCGUAGAGAUCAUUGCUAUAGGUGUGAAAAAUGCAGAUGAGGCAGAGUUGAGGCAGAUGGCGUCUGAACCGCUGGAGCUGAAUGUGUAUAACGUGAAUGAUUUUCCUCUGCUCAGUAAACUGGUGGGAAGACUAGCACGCAUCCUCUGUGGCAAGAUUGAAGACCGUAUUAAAGCGAAGAGAAUGGAGCGUCCCACUCAGGACCCAGUUCUGUCCUAUCCCAGCCCAACUGAUCUGCAGUAUGUAGGCCUAGGCUCGAGAGAAGUGCGGCUGCGUUGGAACAUCCCCAGCAAAAGUCCUCAGCAGUACAGAGUGGUGUACCACACCGCUGAAGGACAGAGUUUGAAAGAGGUGGUGGUGAAUGGAACAGACUCCACAGUUCUGCUGACAGGACUGUCCUCACAAACACAAUACCACCUGUCCAUCUUUCCUGUCUAUGAGAACAAUGUGGGCUCUGCUCUGAGAGGCACCUUCACCACUUUACCAUUGGCUAUACCUGAGGCUCUAGAGGUCACCGCUUCCUCCCCUAGCAGUCUGCGGGUGCGCUGGCAGCCGGCCACUGGAGCCACACAGUACAUGGCCUUAUACUCAGCACUCAAUGAUGGAGAGCCUGAUGAUGCCAAAGAGGUGAAGUUUGGACCAGCUCAGACGGACGUGGAGUUGGUGGAUCUGAUGCCAUCCACAGAUUAUUCAGUCACACUUUAUGCUCUUUUUGAUGAGGACCCCAGUGACCCAAUUACAGCCAUCGGCGCCACCUUCCCACUGCCGUCUCCUCUCAGUUUGCAGUUUCCCAUGGUCAGUCACAGCACUCUGAAGGUCACGUGGGUCCCUGGAGCUGUCGAUGUUCCUGCACACCGCAUCAUCUACAGCACCAAUCACGGCAGUGAUGUCAAGCAG